AUGGAAUCACUGACAUAUCAUGAUAAACACUUUGUGCCUUUAGACAGCUCUAAACAAGUGGCCACAAAGAAUUCACUAACACAUGAACAUUCAGGUGUAAACCUAAACCAACACAAUAACCAACCUGUUGCCAAAGCAACAGCUUUGCAAUCCCAAAGCAAUAACUGUAUAACACCUCCAGUGAACUCUAACAAGGUGGUUCAAAGCUGCCCAGUAUUCUCUUCUCCCACAUCUCAAGUAACAGUAUCCCAAGGCACCUAUAGUAGGACUAUUCAACCACAAUCAUCCCACUCCAAAUAUUCAGACAAUCCUUCAUUGAAUCUUCACUGGAAAACUUCAUUGAGCCCUUCAAGGAAAUCCCUGAACUUACCUUUUUCUUAUUUCAAAUCUCCAGCAACAUCAUCUAACUUCAAUAAGACACCAUUAUCAUUGGAACCCAAUCAGAGAGUCCUGAGUUCAAGAUUACUCCUCCUGAAACCUGAGAAUCUGCAUUCAAUUCCAGACAUAUGGGUAUCACCUUCAUUGAAGUCCAGUAAAAAAGUCUCAAGUUCAUCAUUAUCCCCCCUUCAACAUGAAGAAACGACUUCCGUAAACGUUAUCUGGACAUCAUCUGCUUUGAGAUCCAACCAAAAAGCCUGUAGCUCAACAGCACUUCAAACUAAAUAUCCAAAAACAACUUCAUUGGACUGCCUGUGGAAAUCUUUAUUGGAGCAAAAUCAAAGGUCUUUGCAGUCACCAUUCCUCAAGAAAAAACUACAAGCAAACAAAUGCAUUCAGACAUCACCUUCUCUGGAGUUCAAUCACACACCAAUGAGCUCCCCAUCACCUGAGCACAGUCUUCAGAAAUUACCUACAUUGAGCUCUAAUACCCAUGUUAUGAGUUUACCACUGUCUAACUUAACAUUAAAGAAAUCAUCUUUAUCACAUUCUAUUCAACAGUCUCCAAGUUUUCCACUGUUUCAGUCAAAGUCUCAAACCAUUAGACUUGAUGGUAAUUUCCAGACUCUCAACUCAAAUUACCACUCCAAAUUGAAUACCACUUCACCAAAUGACAAAUACAGGCCUACAUAUCCAUGGUCAUCCCGUCCCAAGCUAAAUACCUCUGGCCAAUCAUUAUCAAGCAUCAAACACUGCAUCAAGAGUACUGCUUCUACAUUGGGUUCCAGACUCCAGAGUAAAAGCAGCUUUGAUUUUAGGUCAAAGACAAAAUUAAAUAAAGAAUAUCCUUGGACUUUUAGUUAUAUGUAUCCCUUCGUUGUGAAAGGUGGAACUCUGCCCGAUGAUGUUGUAAAUAAAAUUGUCAAUUCUGUCUCGAAGGCCAGAAUACAGAGAGAUAUCUGUAGGCAGAUUCUCUUUCGAAGAAUGAGGGGAAGGCCAAAUCCCCAUCCUGGUCCGCGCCUUUCAUCAGCUUAUACAGUUUGUUUAGCUUGUGCUUCCUGCAUAAAAUCUCAGUGUAACCAUCGCAUAGGAAGGAAAGAUCCACGGUGUGCAACACUGUUUGUUAUACCAACACCUGAGACUACUUCUGAGGGAAAAAUAGUAGUAAAAUUACUUCUUAUUCUUUCUCUACCAGAGAUUUCAUCUUCUCUCUUAUUUCCCAUGAAAGAAAAUCAGCUUGAUGAAGCCUUGGAUAACGGUCUUGAAAGAAUGGAAAAAAUACCACAGGUGGUCCCCACAUCUGACUCUGGUAUCUGCCAGCAAAAACUUUCUCCAGAGAAGAAAGUUAGUGAACAUCAGACUCAGGCGAUUGAAUGGCUACUUUAUGUUAAAAGUACUAACGCUUUACAUCCACCAUCCCAGCUCCCAUCCCUUUCUUCCUCUUUCUCCUCAACAGGUUCUUCUGCGUCUUCCUCUUCUUCCUCUUCUUGUCCUGCUUUGCCCCCACCACCCCUUCCUACUAAAGAAGACUGUCCCCAAACUCCCCCCUCAGACCGUGUAUUCAAAAAAGUACUAAGUUACCAACAGCGGCUUCCUCAGGGGGUCUCCUGGCUUGAUUUUAUAUGCAAUAAAGAGUAUCAACCACUUGAGGGAAAGCAGAAACAAGGCCAAGCACCAUCUCCCCAGCCAAAGCCUGUGAGAAGCUACAUCACUAUCAAAGGGAUAAAGGGACCAAGCUUACUGUUCAAAUUUUUCCAAAGUUUCAAAGUGAGAAAUUCUGAUUAA